ACUUCCCGAGUCCAUUUGGCCUGAGUGCUUCCCUUUCCUCUUCUUCUCAAUCAGUUUAAUAUUUUCCUCUUGAAUAUGAUCAUCCGGCGAGGACUCACAUCAAGGCUCACGGCAUUAGCUGCGCGGCCAAUGCUGUACGCUGGACCUGCUCCUGCCGCUGCUGCGACGACCACUCCUGCUCUCGUCCGCUUCAAGUCCUCGAAACCGGCCAAGGGCGGCAACACUGCUCCUGUUGCCGGUUUCGUGCAGCGAGAAGCCGCGGCGAAGAAAGCCGACAAAGAUAAGCGUUUGCGGGACCAGAAGCGCAAGAUCGAGCUUCUACGCAGGCAAGCAAGGACAACCCGCAUCACCCCCAUCACCAUGGGGAUCGAAAUGGCAGCCCGCUACCUGAGAGCCGCCGAGGUCGGAAGACCGGACGGCACGAACAUGAUCACGUUGAUGGUUAAGCAGGUCAAUCCGCUGCACUUCCAGGCGAUCCGAGGAAGCGUCCGGCUGCCGAAAGCGCCUUCGCUCGAGCGGGUCGCGGUCUUUACCGAUAACGAGGAGGAAGCUGCCGCGGCGUUGGCGAACGGCGCGACCUACGCGGGCGGCGCGGAACUUGUCGAUAAGGUGCUCAAGGAGGAAAUCACGUUUGAAAAGUCGUUUGCGACGCCGACGGCGCUGCCGUUGCUGCGGGGCGUGCAGAGAAUACUCGGUCCGAAGGGUUUGAUGCCCAACGAGCGACGAGGAACUGUCGGCACUGACAUCGUCGGCUUUCUGCGUGCUUCCUCUGGCACGAUGGAUUUCAGAACCAUUGAAGAUAUGCUUCAAGUGAAUGUCGCCAGAACUACUUUCACCGACGAAGAAAUCAAGCUGAAUAUCAAAGCUCUCAUGGAUGCCUACCGGCUUGCUGUCGUCAACCACGAGCAGCGGCAUAAGCCUUUGAUUCUUGAAGUCAUGCUUACAUCCACACACGGUCCCGCGGUUAAUAUUCUCGCUUAAAAUAGAAAAAAGGAGCUCAUUUAGUUGUAUAUACUGUAAUAUAAAUGAUG